UAUAAACUGACAUUAACCUCAAUGUUUGGGUGGAUAUGGAAUCCAUAGAUAAACUAGUGGAAUCAAAGUAUGUUAUCAAAAACAUUAGACAUAAUUGGCAAUAACGAAUUAAAAAAGCUUAUGGAAUAUAUGUCGGAAAUUCCAAUAAUGUUCAAAUUUGAAUAAUCGAGGCAUUACCGUCGUCAUCAGAACAUGAGUAAGGAUCUAUGAGUUUCAGAAAAAAAACUAUGCAUUUAGAAUUUUGAGUUAAGUCUACCAAAAUGAACUAUUCCAAAGGCUCUCCUAGAAAAGAUUCUGGCAGUUCAACUCUGAAUUGCAAUCAAUCAUUGUUUAUGGAUGAAUCCAGUGAAGACCUCGAAAAUUAUUUAAAUACUCCAUUACCCAAAAAUUCAUCUGUUGGGGAUGGAGAUGAGAUCCUAUAUUUUGAACAAGAUAUAGAAUGUUCAACUAUAAAUGCCCUAAGUAAGAACAUCAAGGGAAAAUUCCACAGGAGCUCCAAGGAUUCUAAAAAGAAUAAGUUUUUCAAAAGUAAAUCUUCAGAGGAAAAGCCAACAGUUCAUUCUAAUGAGAUACCUAUGAUAAACGAGGCCAUGAAGAAAAUUCUCAAAGAUACUCCUUGUAAACCACAAUUGAAACAUUCUCCAAAAGCAUUGAAGACAUAUUCUAACAAACAUAAAGAUAAAUCUCUUGUUGUUGAAAGCUUUGGUUUACCCGACGAACCUUUUGUGUCAGUAGAUACCUCUAAUUUGAAUGAGCAGGAUUCAAUUGAUUUAGAUGCAAAAACUGAUGAUGACAGCUUUGAUAUUUCUUCCUUAUUCAGUUCAUGGAUAUUCAAUCAAACAGAGCCUUCAGAAAUCAAUAUAAAUGAAGAUUUUCGAAGGAAAUCUUUUUCUACUAUUCAGAAUAUUCCUUUAGGAGAAGCUAGCGUAGAAACUGAGGUUAGAGAAGGUUUCAAUUUUGAGGAAGAUGUGUUGAUUCCAGAUGUGAAAUCUUCAACCAAAAAAAAUAUUAUUGAUGGCAAAAGAUGCCCAGUAGUUUUUUUAAAACCCUUUAAUUUCAAUGAUAUCAGACAAUUCGAAGCAAAUAAUUUGUCUCCUCUGAAAAAUAGGAAACAAUCGCUUUUGGAGCGUUGGAAUAAAUUCCAUUCUAAAUUGAAUGACUCCAUGUUAUCUGAUAAGAGUGAAGUUUCUAAAUCUAAACCGCAAAUUAAAACUUCCAAUAUUGUAAAAUGUGUUGCCAGUAAGACUUAUUCAAGAAGAAGUACUCGUUUGAAUAAUUUGUCGGUGGAUUCGGAAGGUCUUGAUAAUACCAGUCACUCUAAGGAAACUCAUAAUGCAUCUAAUAUAAAGGAGCAAAACUUACUUCAUAACUCAUCAAAGAAGAUUGAAGAAAAAGAGGAAAAAAAAACUGAAGAACCAAUUUCAAGUAAAUUCCCAGUCUUUGAUAUUUUAUCUCCUAGAAGGUCAAUGAGAAGAAGUGGACAACAGGCUGUUGAUCCACUUUCAGUCAACACUUCCAAGCAAAUUGGAAAUAACAAAGAUCAUCCAAAAGUCAGUCCUUCAAAACUUCAAAGAGUUAGCUUAACUAAACAUAAGACAGAAAAUGUUUCUAAAAAUGAUAUUGCAGCAAAACGAAGUUUCAAAUUAGAUAAUACAACUAGUGAUAAAAUGAAAAAUGAGGGUAUCAUUGAAGAAAAAAGUUCAGAGCAGAUUUUAAUGAGGAAUAUUGAUGUUUUAAAUGCAUCGCAAAUCAGUUCAAGAAUCUCGAGUAAAACUUCUCCAGUUAAAAAGUUGUCCAACCAGAAGGAUACUGAUGUUCAUCAGAACACUGAUACAUCUGUAAGGAAAUCUCAUCGUUUGAAACCAAAGUCUGAUAAAAUUUCUGUAAAUCCAUCUGGGACAUCAUGCACCUUGGAAAAUGCAACAAAUAUGGAAGUGUGUUCUGCAGACUCAUCAUUAAAUGAAACAGAUGCAAAUAUGAAUACAUCUAUCGAGGAAGGAGUGGUUAUCAGUGAAUUAGAUACUAAAGCAACUGUAAAAAAACGAAGAGGAAGGCCUCCCAAAGCAAAGGUGGGACUUGUGGGGACAUCAGUAUUAUCAGAACCUUUGGAGAAUGGAAUUGCUAAUGAUAAACUGAGAAAACAUACGAAAAAAGAUGAGGAAGAAAUAUCGACAGAGUUAUUAGUAAUUCGAAGAAGUAAUAAUGAUGAAAAGGACAAAGGCGAGUUAAAAGAGGGCAAGAAUUCAGAUAUUUCCAAGCAAGGAUGCUUUAAAAUGGAUGACAACAAUAUUUUAUUGAAAAAUAGUAAUUUUCUGAAACUUGAUAGUCAAUCUCAAAACAACGGGAAAGAUAUUCAAAAUAAAAUCAAACCUAUCAAUAAAAUUGUUUUGAAUGGAAGUAAUGAUUCUAAAAAUAAUGAUGAGACUACUUCUAUUCCACAUAUACAAGAACCAUUGAAAAGAAAAAGGGGUAGACCUAGGAAAAUAAUUAUCGGACUUAAGGAACCUGAACCAAAAUCUAUAACAGAAUCAACUGACAAAGAAAUGAAACAUGCUAAUUCAGAUAUAUUGAAUGAUAUCAAUCAUGAAACUAAAACUGAUAAAUAUUCAAAUAUAAUGAAAUCUCAGGAUAAAAUACGUGAUAAUACGGAUGAAGCAAAAAAGAAAGAAGAGCAAGAAAGUUCUACAGUAUUAAACCAUUGUGAAAAAAAAGUUGUAAGCCAAACCAAUGGCAUUUCAAAUAAAUUAUUAUGUAAAACUAGUGAACCUUUAGGAGAUGUAGCAGAAAAUAAACAUUUUGAUGGAAUUUCUGAUGAAGCAACUGAACCUUGCAAGGAAAAAAAACAGAAGGUCUCUAAAGAAUCAACUGAAAAUAUUGAGAACAUCUCGAACUCUUUAGUAAAAGAAAAGAAAACAUCCGAGAUAUCCAUACCUGAAAAACCAUCUGAUCAAGAAAAUAAAUCAGAGACAAAAAUCAAAAUAGAUCAAAAAACUGAGAUCAAGUCAGACUAUUUGGAACAAUGCAACAAAAGUAAUGCGAUAAAUUAUGAUUCGAUGAAUGAAAAAAAAGAAGUUGAUGAAGCAUACUCAACAUCUACUAAACUUUUGGAUAAAUCUGAAAGUAUAGUACAACCUCCAAAUGAUACUAAAACUACCGAGAGGUACUUUGAUUUUGGAUAUGAUAUUCAUAGGAGAACGUCUUUCCGCAAAAUUUUGGAAAGGGUAAUGGAAGCUAGUAGGUUAGAAAUGGAGACGAUGAAAUCGGGAGAGCUGAGGACCCAAAGGUGCAAGUCUGUUCCCCAUGAAGAGUUCCACUGUGGCAGAGAAGCCAGUGAUAUAUACUUCAAAACAUUCUCGGCAGAUUCUAAACUGAAAUAUUUGAAAGAUAAGAAGAACGCAAAUUUAAACAUAAAAAACGUGGAUUUUUCGAAAGUUAGGAAACGUUUGGAUUACAAUAUAGUUUCAAAAUCUCAAGACAGUAAUUUUUCGAUGAGAAAAAGGACGAAAUCAUUUCAUGCAGCUGUUGUUGGAUCAAAUGAUAAAGCUAAAUAUACAGAUAUAGAAACAAGUUUUAAACCUAUAUCAAAUUCAAUAAGACAAAAAGAAGAAAUAAUUAAAGAUAUAUCACUCAUAGUUAGUGCACAAAGCAGUUCGGAAAACGUUACAAAAGAGAUUGAGCAAACUAACACAGAUAGUAAUUGUGAGAAAGAUAUAUGUGAAGAAAAAUCAAGGAAAAACAAUUCUGUUUCGGGACAAAUUAUUUCUACUAAUUCCGCAGAGAAAAAUUUAGAUCAAAAUGAUUUAGAAGUUGAAAAUUUACUGUUGGGAAAAAUAUCGUCUGAUAAAUUUUAUGAAAGAAGAAGAUGCAAGUCAUUUUCAGAAGCCAGCCAUCGAAAUAAGGUGAUACCUAAGAGUAAAUCAGUUAUGAAGAAAAAAUUGAAAAAAAAUAGGGCUGCUGAUGCAGUGGAGAGUCCCAUUUUGAACAAUAUCAAGAAAGUUCAUGAAUUCAAAGUGGGAGAUUUAGUUUGGGGCAAGAUAGGCAAUUAUCCAUAUUGGCCAGGAUUGGUAGUUGAGGAUCCCGAAACAUCAGAUUUCAAAAAAAUAAGGCUAUUAAGGACCACUCCAUAUUAUCAUGUUCGAUUUUUUGGGGACAAGGGUAAAAGAGCUUGGACAUUGCAUUGUAUUCCGUUUGAGACUGCGGAUGAUUUGGAUGUAUUGAGGGAGCAAUCUCGUGCUGAGGGGGCUCAAAGUUCCGAUUUUGUGGUCAGAGCAUCACAUAAGGAAAAGUGGAGAAGAGCCGUCAAAGAAGCAGAAACGGUUAAAAACGAACCUGUUGAGAAAAAAUUAGGGUUUUUCGAUCGUAUAUUGUCUAGUAAAGAAAUUCUUGAAGACAGGAAUGACUUUGAAUCUGAAGAUAACCCUAAAGAAAGUUUCAAAUUAGUGAGAAGUAAAUCUUUCAGUUGCUUGAAUAAGGACAUGAGAAAUCAGUUCAAAACAAAUAAAACGAUAGAAAAACCAAAAGUUCCAAUGAAAGUAUCGUCACUUCUCGCUUGUAUCGAGAAUGUUGUGAAAAAUAAUUCUGUUGAAAGUUUCGAACCCGGAAGUACAUCAUCACCACCAAAUAAAAAAAGUCCCUUAAAGCAACCUUCUGUUACUGAUUGUAACGAGGAUAAAUCGGAUUAUUCAGCGAGGGAUGUGAAGAAAACCAUUAGAUCAUCUAAAGAUAGUCCAUCGAAAUCGCCAUCAAGGAAGAGAAAUAUCUCUACGAAGGAGAGUUCAGUUCUUUCUUGCAUAGAUGACGUUGUGAGUUGUUCUCAAGGUCCCCAAUGUUCAUCGGAAGAUUUUGACGAAGGAAAAACGAAACAAUCACCUGAUCUUGAAGCAGUGAAUAAUCGAAAAUUAGACACAAAUCAAAAUUCACCUAAGGCGAUGACCACCAAUAGAACGCCUGUUUCUCGUAGAAAAAAUAGCGAAGCUUUCUUCCAAAGGACCAGAUUGAGAACUGGUCACCUGGAGAGAAGGAGACUCACUCAAGAAUUCAAGCAAGAUGAUGAGUCCAAAGAAUCGAAGGCGAGCGUGGAGUGUAGUCCUCGAAGGAUGAAAUUGAAGAGACGAACGAUAGCAGUUGUUCAGAGCAACGGGAUGGUACCAGUGGAUAAUGUGUUGUUGAACGACUGUGUCUCACGGUUAUCCGAACAUAAGAAAAACAUAUUUCGAGGGGUACCCAAGGAAAAGGUGUGUCAGAUCUGUGAGAAAUCCGGGGAGGUGGUAAAAUGUAGGGGACCUUGUAAUGGUGAUUUUCACGUUAAAUGCAUAGAGAACUCUCUGAAGGUAACGGAAGAAUGUACUUUGAAGGAGGAGAUAGCGCUGAAAGAGAAAGAUGGGAUGUCGGAUAACAACAAGCAAGUCGAAAUAAGCACAAUUGUAUCGAGGAAAAAAUUUGUUGAUAACGUCAUCCUAUCUCCGGUCAACAACAAAGUCCCCAUGAUAGAGCAAUUCGAUCGUAAGAUGAAAGAACUGAUGAAUCAUGUGGAAUCGCGAAUCUCUAUAGAAUCCAGCGAAUCGAGUAUCGAAGACCUCGAUGCUGACAAGAAUCGUUCGGUUCAGGAUAAAAACGGCAAAAAACCCAAGAAAAGCAGAGGUUCUUUCAAACACGUCACCGCGGACGAUGUCCGUGAAAUAAACCUGUUCGAUUCAGAGAUUUCCAAGUCGAAAGCUGAAAUUUCCGAACAAAUGAUGUAUGCAGACGAGGUUUACAAAUGUCCAUACUGCACGUCCACAGUUAUACCGCCCUGUUUUGUCUGCAACUCGAUAGUAUCCAAAAAGGGGAGUACGAUGAGACAAAGGUGUUCGCUGCAAAAAUGCGGGAGGUACUACCAUUUGGAAUGUCUGAACGUCUGGCAUCAGACCCAGUGGUCGUUCAUAUUGCACGAUAAGAGAAAAACCGAAGCUUUCGACAGUUUCGUCUGCCCCCGCCACUCCUGCCAUAUUUGCGCGUCCGAAAAUUCGGGAUUUUCGAUGGGAAGAUGCCCCAACGACAAAUUGGUGAAAUGUUUGAGGUGCCCGGCCACCUACCACAACAGCUAUCAUUGCGUCCCGGCUGGUACUGAUAUUUUGUCUUCAACGCAGAUCAUCUGUCCUAGACACGUCGAGGGUAACAAGAAAUCCAACACCCUCAACACCAUUUGGUGUUUUGUUUGUUCGGAAGGUGGUAAUCUCAUUUGUUGCGAAACCUGCCCGACCAGUGUGCAUGCGGAGUGUUUACCUGUUAAUCUGCUGGAAGACGAUACUUACAUAUGUGAGGAUUGUGAAUCGGGCAGAUUCCCAUUGUACGACGAAGUGGUUUGGGUGAAGUGUGGAACCUUUAGGUGGUGGCCUGCCAUAAUACUCUUUCCGAAUGCAGUGCCUGCCAAUGUCGAAAGUAAGCCGCACAGUAAGGGGGAGUUUGUGGUGAAAUUUUUCGGAACCUACAAUUAUUUCUGGGUGGGGAGAGGCAGGGCGUUCUUGUACCAAGAAGGGGAUACUGGGGUUUUGAACAAUACCAAGAACAAAAUCGAUGAGGCUUUCAGUCGGGCCUUGAAGGAAGCAGCGGAUGUUUAUAGAUUCAAAAAAGGCUUGAGGGCGAAAAAGCAGAAAGAGGUGAACAACGGUUUGAAGCCCCCUUCUUAUGUAAGGAUCAAGGUCAAUAGACCUGUUGGUAAUGUGAAGGUGUUUGAGGGAAAUUUGAGUAACACGACUCCUUGUGAGUGCGAUCCUAAGGAUAAGAGCCCUUGUGGACCAAAUAGUAGCUGUUUAAAUAGGAUACUUUUAACAGAGUGCAAUCCGGAAAUAUGUCCGGCUGGACAAAGGUGCAAGAAUCAAAGUUUCGAAAAGAGGGAGUAUCCCCAAGUGAUACCUUACAGGACAACGGGAAGGGGUUGGGGGUUGAAAACUCUGGAACCGAUCAAAAAAGGAAGGUUCGUCAUUGAGUAUGUCGGGGAAAUAAUUGACGAUGAGGAGUACCAGAGGAGGAUAACUAGGAUGCAUCAACAAAAGGAUGAAAAUUAUUACUUCCUAACUAUAGAUAAAGAUAGGAUGCUCGAUGCUGGACCGAAAGGUAACGUGGCAAGAUUCAUGAACCAUUCGUGCCAACCCAACUGUGAAACUCAAAAGUGGACAGUGAAUGGCGACACCAGGGUUGGAUUGUUCGCCAUUGAAGACAUUCCAGCCGAUAGCGAGCUCACUUUCAAUUACAACUUGGAAUGCGUUGGGACGGAGAAGAAAAUUUGUCGGUGUGGAGCUCCGAACUGUAGCGGUUUCAUAGGGGUCAAACCGGAAGAUCAGAAGCCCCUGAAGAAAAAUUCUUCUGUGAAGUCCGUGGAACCGGAGAAACCGGAUGAUGCAAUAAUUAAAGAUAGCUGCUUCGUGUGUGGAAAAGGAGGGGACGUUGGUAGAUGUUCGAAUAAGACAUGCUUUAGAUCAUAUCACCUUGAGUGUGUUCAAUUAGAUUCUUGGCCUAACGGCAAGUGGAACUGCCCUUCUCACAGUUGUAAUAUAUGUUCUAAGAGAACUUCGAGAAUAUGUGUUCUUUGCAAUAAUUCAUACUGCCCAUUUCAUUCCAAUGGAAAUAUUAGACAUGACGAUUCGUUGGGAUUCUUAUGCAGUGAGCAUGACCAGAUUAACAAGAGGACAAGACGUAGCAACCGAACAUUAACUGGGUUAGACACUCCUCAGAAGGAGGGAGUAAUAGAGGGUGAAACGAGUGAGUCACUGCGUUCGAAAAGAUACAGAAAGAGAACUUCGGAGACCAAUGAACCUACAAAGAGACUAAAAUUAGAUAAAUGAAUAGAAGUUACCAAAUAUUAAGUUCCUGCUACAUUUGGCAGAGUAUGAAUAUAUGUACAUAUUUCAGAUUCCUAUUAUUUCAGAUCCUUAGAUUAUUUCUUUACUUUGUAAAUUUUUGUGAUGUUGAAUUUAUUUUUGAAUUUGUAUGAAGUGUGUCUUUAUAUAAUAUGUGCAAAAA